UUGUCGUUGCCUUCUUUCUGCUGUGUGUUGAGAGUCAGGAUGGAAUGCAUCUAUAAUGUGGAUUUGGAAGAGUUGUGCCCAGUGUGUGGGGAUAAUGUGUCUGGCUAUCACUACGGUUUGCUAACAUGUGAAAGCUGCAAGGGCUUCUUUAAGAGGACAGUACAGAACAAUAAGCGCUACACCUGUGCAGAGAGGCAGGAGUGUAAAAUUGAUAAGACACAGAGAAAGCGCUGUCCUUUCUGCCGUUUCCAGAAGUGCCUUACCGUGGGCAUGCGACUCGAAGCAGUUCGUGCAGACCGGAUGCGAGGGGGCCGAAAUAAGUUCGGGCCGAUGUACAAGCGAGACCGGGCCUUAAAGCAGCAGAAGAAAGCUUUAAACCGGGAGAGUGGGCUAAAGAUGGAGUCCAUGCCACCUGCCCUGUCAUCUACCCUGACAGACUAUACACUUAGUAGCAUAUUGCCCAAUCUGCCAGACAUUUCCUCCACUAAAAACAUCCUCCUAAACAUGCCUUCUUCCACCACAUCUACAGAGUAUGAGCAGGGCCUGUACACCCUACCUGGAUGUGCGAGCAUGUCUUCCCACAGCCCGCUUCCUUCUCAGUAUCCUUACCAAUCUGUGCCCUGUCGCAUCAUCAAAUCAGAGUUUCCUGACCACUACGCCAGUAGCAGCUCACCUGGCUCCACUGGGGGAUACACUUACACUGAUCAGACUCAGACCAUGAGCUCACCCACACCACACACAGGCCUGGACUUGCCAGCGUUGGUUUUGGAGUUUGUGCGCUGUGAACAGGAUGAGCUGCUGGUGCAGAGUAAGAUCAGCACUCACCUGGCGCUUCUGCAAGAGAACCAGAGCUCCAGCAGCAUCGAACCACUCUCAAGCUUUGGCCUAAUGUGCCACAUCGCAGACCAAACACUAUUCUUCAUUGUGGAGUGGGCACGGAGCUGCAGCUUCUUCAAAGAACUAAAGGUGGGGGAUCAGAUGAAAUUACUACAUAACUGCUGGAGUGAGCUGCUGGUGCUUGAUUAUAUCUCCAGACAAGUGCAUCAUGAUGAACACGACACUAUAUUGCUCAUUACUGGACAGAAGGUGGAUCUGACUUCUUUGCUGACUCAGGCAGGGGUGACCCUGGGUGAGUUGGUGCGAGGGGCACAGCAACUGACCCAGCGUCUUCAGGAGCUACAGUUAGACUGCAGAGAGAUCACCUGUUUUAAGUACCUCAUCCUGUUCAAUCCUGAUGUGAAGCUAUUGGAAAACCAGGAAUAUGUGGAAAACGUGUAUCAUCAGGUGAAUGGGGCAUUGCUGGAAUACACAUUGUGUGUGUAUCCGCAGCAUGUGGACAGAUUCAGUCAACUGCUGCAGCAUCUGCGAGAGCUACGAGCUCUAAGCACUCAGGCUGAGGAUUACCUGAGCUACAAACACCUCAACGGAGAGGUACCAUGCAACAAACUGCUCAUAGAGAUGCUGCACGCCAAGAGAGCCUAUGUCUGACACAAAGACAAGCUACUGCACUUGCACCAACACAAAAAUAUACCCUCAUGGUUACGCACACAAAAGCUCUAUGUCCACAGAAGGGGGGUAGUAAACAAUUUAAUCAGACCUUAAAUGGAAUACACACUGGACAGCCAUGUCUCGGAUGACUUUUUAUCUGAUUGUGUGAAGGUCAAAUAAACGUUCCUUAAGUUUUGCCCCCCAAUGCUCCUCAAAACCUGGGGUAAAGUCAACAACAAAAAAAAGUGUAUAAUUAAUCAUGUUUGCAUUUUGUGGUUGUUUGCUACCCGCCCCCUGUUUGAUAGACAGCUAAGGUACGCCUACUGUUCGAAAAGACUAUGAUCAUUCAGGGUCAAAGACUAUGAUCGUUCUAAGUUCUACUUGGAAACAGUCGUAAUGAAGAAAAGAA